AUGCUCCGAGGAGGCUUAUCCUUCGCCCGACUUGCGGUCGGCAAACGAGGAGGCUUGCAUUGCCGCAUCCCCAAACGAUCCUAUGCCGCCCUCACCGACCUGAAGCAGCUCCCCCAGCCCGGUGAUAAACUCCAUGGCUUCACAGUACAGAGGGCCAAGAGUGUUCCCGAACUGCAGCUGGCUGCCGUCCAGCUCCAACACGACAAGACCGGGGCCGACUACAUCCACGUGGCGAGGGACGACAAGAACAACGUCUUCGCCAUCGGCUUCAAGACCAAUCCCAACGAUGAUACCGGAGUGCCGCAUAUCCUGGAACACACCACGUUAUGUGGGUCUGAGAAGUGCGAACUCAUUGUUUUAUAUCCCGUUCGCGACCCGUUCUUCAAGAUGCUCAAUCGCAGUCUGUCGAACUUCAUGAACGCGUUUACCUCGGGCGACCACACUACCUACCCCUUUGCUACUACCAACAGGGUCGACUUCAACAACCUGAUGGAUGUCUACAUGGACGCAACCCUUAAGCCUCUGUUACUGGAGAGCGACUUCAAGCAGGAGGGCUGGAGGAUUGGCCCCGAGAAUCCAGCUGAGGCUGACUCGCCGUUGUUGUUCAAGGGGGUUGUUUACAAUGAGAUGAAGGGCCAAAUGUCGGAUUCGUCAUACCUCUACUACAUACGAUUCCAGGACCAUAUCUUCCCUGAUCUGCACAACAGUGGUGGAGAUCCUCACAAGAUCCCAGAUCUGACGCUGGAGCAACUGCGCAAGUUCCACAGGGACCACUACAACCCGUCAAAUGCCAAAAUAUUUACCUAUGGAGAUGCUCCCAUUGAGGAGCACCUGAGCCGUCUCAACGAUAAGCUGAGUGGGUUCGAGCGUGCAAACGUGGACAGCGACCUCCGGGAACCCAUCACGCUGAAUGAGAGCAAGACCAUCACCGUACCAGGACCAGUCGAUCCCUUGACGGACAAGAAUGCCCAACACAAAACCUCCGUUUCCUGGAUAAUGAACGAGACCGCCGAUACGGUCGAGAGCUUUUCUCUGAGAAUCAUGUCUAGUUACCUGCUUGACGGAUACGGCUCGCCGUUGUACCAAGGACUGAUCGAUGAGAAACUCGGGUCGGACUUCUCCCCCAAUACUGGGUACGACACGAGUUCCAAGAAGGGUAUACUCUCCGUGGGGCUGCAGAACGUCCGGAAAGAAGAUCUGAAGACUGUUCAGGAGAAAAUCCAUGAGGUCCUGCAGAGCGUGCACGACAAGGGCUUCGACGGGAAGAAGGUCGAGGGCAUUCUGCACCAGCUUGAACUUGCGCUCAAACACAAAACGGCCACCUUCGGCAUGUCUGUGAUGCAAGGACUCACCCCUGCCUGGUUCAACGGAGUGGAUCCGUUCGAUGCCUUGUCUUGGGAGGAGACUGUCUCCAAGUUUAAGGAGCUGUACGCCAAGGGUGGAUACCUUGAGUCGCUGCUGAAGAAGUACAUGCUUGACGCAAACACCCUUACAUUCACGAUGGAGCCGGAGCCGAGCUACGGGAAAUCACUUACCAACGAGGAAGCUGCGCGCUUGGCCGCUGAAAUCGAAAAGGUCGGAGGCGAGAGCGCAGCCCGCGGCGGCCUGGUCGAGCAGGAACUCAAGCUCCUUGAAAUCCAGGAGAAUGCUCGUAACCAGGACCUCAGCUGCUUGCCAACCGUGAAGGUGGAAGAUAUUCCUCGGGAAAUGGAAAAGAAGCCGUUGCAACACGGAAAGAUUGGCAACAUUCCAGUACAAUGGAGGACAGCACCCACUAACGGCCUGACCUACUUCAGAGCGGUGAACACGCUGGAGGAUCUUCCCGAGGAGCUGCGGAUGUACCUGCCAUUGUUUACCGACGCAAUCCUGAGGCUGGGAACCCCGAAGAAAACGAUGGAAGAGCUCGAAGAUAUGAUCAAGCUCAAGACCGGCGGUAUCAAAGCGGGCACACACGUCUCCACCAACCACAGCAACCUCGAAAUCACGGAAGAAGGACUGGUCUUCUCGGGAUACUGCUUGGACAAGAAUGUUCCGGACAUGCUCGAGCUGUUGCGGACAAUCCUGCUCGAAACCAACUUCUAUGCGGUGUCGAAGUUGAGGACACUUAUCCAGGGAAUUGCCAGUGGCUUUGUGAACAGCUUGGCCGAGAGCGGACACAACUUUGCCAGGACAUUUGCUGCUGCCCAUCUCACUCCUGCUGCCAGGGCGACUGAAGUCAUGGGCGGUAUGACACAGGUCAGGCUGAUAAGUAACAUGGCCGCUAACGAGGUCUACAACGAGGCCCUAGAUAAGCUGCGGAAAAUCGCUGAGUUCGCCGCCCGCCAGAACGGGCUCCGAGUAGCCGUUACCUGCGGCACAGAAGCAGUUUCUGACAAUGAGGCCGCGGUGCAGAAGUUCAUUGAGAGCCUCCCCAUUGCCCAGACUCCUACCAGGGACAGCCCCCUAUUCGACUUCGAAGCUCCAACCAAGGCCUUCUUCCCUCUUCCGUACCAAGUCUCCUACACAUCCUCGUGUGUAAAGACAGUACCUUACACGCACAAGGACGGUGCUGCUCUACAGAUGCUCUCGCAGCUGUUGACGCACAAACACCUGCACCACGAGAUCCGCGAGAAAGGCGGAGCGUACGGCGGUGGUGCAUUCCACCGCGGUGCUGGCGGAAUCUUCGGGUUCUACUCGUACCGCGACCCGAAUGUAGCCAACACGCUCAAGAUCAUGGAGACUGCCGGGCAGUGGGCCGUGCAGAAACGGUGGUCGGAGCGGGAUCUCGAGGAGGCGAAACUGAGUGUCUUCCAGGGAGUCGACGCACCCACUUCUGUGAGCGAGGAGGGAAUGGUCUACUUCCUUGACGGCAUCACGGACGAAAUGAGGCAGACCCGUCGAGAACAACUUUUGGACGUCGCCGUCGACGAUAUCCGGAGAGUUGCGCAGACGUACCUCGUCGAGCAGGCGGGCAAGGAGGCCAUCGCGGUGCUCGGUGAAAACAAGGACUGGGUCGAUGAGGCGUGGAACGUCUUCCCGCUCAGCCUCGACCCGUCGCAGUCCGUGCCUGCGGAUGACAGAGUCGUCCUGUAAAUUACGUUCACGAUCUCACGUAUAGGUAGCGUACAAAAAAAAAGGAUAUGGAGUUCAGUUCUUUUCGACCAUGUAUGUACGAUAAUGUAUAACAGCUUUUAAACAUCAUCACCAACCAUCAUCC